AGAAUUUUUUUCUCACGUGCAUAGCACGUGCUAAAUGCUGCUACAAAUGUAUUCCAGAAUCUAGACAAGCUGAGGAAGAAGAACAAGAAAAAAGCUCCAAUGGCAGCUUCAAUUUCAAGAAAUUUCUGCAAUUUCAAGGCAUUUUCUUCUCAAUCCAAGAAGACCCAACUCAUUUUUUUGCCUUCUCAACGUUCUCCAAUCUCUCAAUACAAUGAAAAUUCCAAGAACACCAGCAUCAGCAUCAGUAGUAGCUGCAGCAAGAGAAGUGCCCAAAUUACGAAAAUGCCCCUCCUUUCUGGAGGAAUUCUCAGGCACAAGGUUCGGGCGGCGGGAGGAGAGUAUUCUUCAGGGGAAGAAGCAGAGCAGUUUGUUUCUGAGGCAGCAGCUCAAGAGGAUUUUUCUUGGGUUUCUGUCAUUUUGCCGUUUUUUUUCCCAGCCUUGGGAGGCUUACUAUUCGGGUAUGAUAUUGGUGCCACCUCGGGUGCUACCAUCUCUUUGCAGUCAGCUGAACUUAGCGGCACAACAUGGUUCAAUCUUACAUCUAUAGAGCUUGGCCUUGUGGUUAGUGGUUCCCUUUAUGGAGCUCUUUUUGGAUCUCUCAUAGUGUAUCCAAUUGCAGAUUUUCUCGGAAGGAGAAGAGAACUAAUCAUAGCAGCCGUGCUGUAUCUGCUUGGUGGUUUGAUAACUGGGGCUGCUCCCAACCUUGGUAUUCUUAUAAUAGGGCGGAUUCUCUACGGCACUGGUAUAGGUCUGGCCAUGCAUGGAGCUCCUCUUUACAUUGCUGAGACUGCCCCAUCUCAGAUUCGCGGAACGUUAAUAUCUCUAAAGGAACUUUUCAUAGUUCUUGGAAUUCUGUUGGGUUACCUUGUGGGGAGUGUUCAAAUAAAUGCCAUUGGUGGGUGGCGUUACAUGUAUGGUUUCAGUGCUCCAAUUGCAGCAUUAAUGGGAUUAGGUGUGUGGAGUUUGCCACCAUCUCCACGUUGGCUACUUCUCAGGGCAGUUCAAGGCAAAGCCCCUAUGCAGGAAUACAAAGAAAAGGCAAUUGCUGCUUUAAGCAGAUUGAGAGGUCGGCCUGCUGGUGAUAAAGUGUCUGAAGGGCAAAUAGAAGAAACUUUAGUCUCGCUAAAGUCCACGUAUGCUGAUCAAGAGGCUGAAGGCAGCGUCUGGGAGGUUUUUGAAGGAGCGAGCUUGAAGGCCUUUAUAAUCGGUGGAGGAUUGGUCUUUUUUCAACAGAUAACAGGGCAACCGAGUGUCUUAUACUAUGCAGCUUCCAUUCUUCAGAGUGCUGGAUUUUCAGCUGCAUCCGAUGCUGCUCGUGUUUCGGUUAUAAUUGGAGUUUUUAAGUUACUGAUGACUGGGGUAGCUGUUCUUAAAGUUGACGAUCUUGGGAGGCGGCCCUUAUUGAUAGGAGGUGUGAGCGGAAUUGUAGUUUCUUUGUCCCUUCUAGCGGCUUACUACAAAUUUCUUGGGAGUCUUCCGAUUGUUGCUGUAGUUGCUCUACUUCUUUAUGUUGGAAGCUACCAGAUAUCUUUCGGUCCAAUUAGUUGGCUGAUGGUGUCAGAGAUUUUUCCACUCCGCACAAGAGGACGGGGAAUAAGUCUUGCGGUGCUUACUAACUUUGGCACGAAUGCCAUUGUCACAUUUGCUUUCUCACCUUUGAAGGAAUUGCUAGGGGCAGACAACCUUUUCGUCCUUUUUGGGGCUAUUGCGUUUCUGUCACUUUUGUUCGUAAUAUUCAUCGUCCCAGAAACGAAAGGCUUGAGCCUGGAAGAAAUCGAGUCCAAGAUCUCACGAUGAAAGCCUACUUUCGGACAUGACAAGCAAAGAAAAUGCAUUUUGCAUUGUACCUCUCCCUCACUAAAUUUAGGUAUGUAUUAUCCAUUCCUUACACUGUCUGGCGGAAAAAUCCAGGUGUUAUGCUGUCUUAUAACCAUAUAUGACUGUAACCAUAAAUAAGCUAGAAAAGAAAUUCCUUGUCUCAAAAUGUGUACUUACAGAUUCUUCGCAUCUUCAAAUCUUCCAAUUGUUGCAUUGGAAGACUGGGCCCACUCCCAGCUAUGUGCUUGGUUCUAACCCAAUUGCAUUAGAUUAUUCAUUUUCUGUUUUUCUUCUUGUUUUUCAUAA